AGGUACUUCACCUUGAGCUAUGUAUGGGGAAUGGUAGCACAGCUCUUGCUUACUACACACAACACUCCAAGUCUUCUAAAGGAUCAAGCACUGAGUCAUUCUGCUCAUCGUCUACCUCAAGUUAUCAAAGAUGCGAUGACCGUAGUUUUUGAACUGGGCGAGCGGUAUCUUUGGGUCGACUCCCUGUGCAUAACACAGAACGACGCGGCGGUAAAGCACGACUUGAUCUCACACAUGUCGCAAAUAUAUGCCAAAGCAUACCUAAAUAUAUGUGCCGUCGCUGGUCUCCACGCUAAUGAAGGCCUUCCAGGUGUCCGACCAUUCACUCGAAGGCCGCAGAAUGGUGGCGAAGUUGGUGGAUUACGGCUUGCUCAGAGGCCAUCAAGACUCGCUGAAGUCAUUUUUCGAUCACACUAUAACAAGCGGGGAUGGACGUUUCAAGAGAGACUUUUGUCCAACAGAUGCCUCUAUUUUACUAAGGAGCAAGUACAUUUCCAGUGCAAAUCCAACAUCUGGUGUGAAGACCGAAAUGAGCGAGCGCGCGCGGAUGCGGGGUGGCCCGGGGGGUUCCCCCUGGCGAAGAGUUCUAUUGAAAGAGUAAGUAUCAGAGAGAUAUUUCCCGUCUACGCAGAAAUAGUUGCUGAGUAUACCUCUAAAUCUCUCUCUGAUACUUCCGACAUACUCAAUGCCAUCACCGGUAUUCUCGAUGUCCUCAGCUCAUCAACCGGGUGGCAUUUUCUUUGCGGCAUUCCCGCACCCUGCCUUAGUCUAUCACUUCGAUGGACUCCAAGUGGUCACGCGCGACGACGGGGUGAGGUAAACAGCGCCAUGAAACCCGUGAAAAUCUCAAGCGAUUUUCCUAGCUGGUCAUGGGCCGGAUGGGAAGGAAUCAUUGACCAUGAAAUCAUGCCAACUGGUGAAAACUGGGGUAAAAUCAGAUCACACAUCAUUGUGAUUACUGCUGAGAUUGGAGAAGCACUUCAGGUGGGACCUACGUGGGGUCUGUCUCAUCCGCCAUCAAGCUCUCCACUCUGUCAUUAUCCUAGCGCAAGACCCAAUGUAUUGCAUCUUUGGGGAGCUGUUGCAGCUGUAGCCCAAUUCACCUUCGAUGCUUUCACUACAGAUCCCGAACGCCCGGGAAGACCGACAACCGCCCAACAGGAUCUGAACGACGACCGUCAUCCAAUCUACAAAAUUCGAGACCACCGUGCUCGACAUUGCGGAGUCUUCUACGGCGUAGAUGACGAGGAUGUAUCAAGUUGGCGAUCCCAGAACUGUGAGCUUGUUCUCAUAUCUGAAACGCAACACGUACUAUACCUCCACCUCGGCCACGAAUGCCCUACCCCAACUUUCGACACACGACAUUUCAACGAUACUGGAUGGUGCACGUACAACGUACUGUUAGUAGAGGUACAAGACCACUUCUGCGAGCGCCUAGCAGUGGGCCAAAUACACGCGCAGGCCUGGAAACUGUGCCAUUCGAUGAAAAAGUAUAUACAUCUCAUAUGAGACAUCGAGACCCGGGGAUGGGCUCCUGAUCUCGGAUACAUUUAACAGGUACAUGCUUUGUUCAAUUCCUCCAUGCCUUCUUCAACCCUCUAUGAUG